CGCUUCUCCUGGGGAGACAGCAGCACCUUUUCUCCCCGCGCCCGCGCUUUCUCCAGCUUGGCUUCCACCGACUUUGCUAAUCGCCCGGACCGCAUGUGGACGCUCCGGCUCUGGGGCUGCACAAAGCUCAGGUUUCCUUCGGGGUCUGAAGGCGAGAGGGGCUUUUCGGACCGAGUUCAGCGGAAUUGAGGGAUGGAAGUUAGAGAAUUUGGGCAACUUGCCUCUACUGCCUGGUCGACCUCUGCUCUCCCCCAUACUCACGCCCCCCUCCCCCACGCACACACACGCACACACCCCUCUGCCUAUAAACGCCGGCGGCGGGGCCGGGCCGCGCACGGAGUCCCUGCCUCGCCAAGCGCCGGACUUGGAGGCAGACAGACCUGGCUGCGAAUCCCGGCUCCGCCACUUUCUAGCGCUGUGACCUUGGGCAAGUUACCGAACCUCUCCGAGCCUCUCACUCUUCUCGUAGCGGAGUGAUAGCACUGACCACAGGCGACUUGGCUAGGGGGUAGGCUCAGCCCGCGGCCGCGUCGGGUGCUCUGCGGGCGCUCAGUAAGUGUUGGUGAGGCGCGGGAGUGGCCGCAGCCGGCGCCGGAGUGCGCCCCCGCGCGCGGUAGCACCGCGGCGCCCCAAACUCGCCGGGGAGGCCGAGACCCCGGGCCCCUCCCCGCCUGUCUAUCCUGUCUCCACGAUCGGUUCCUGAUACGGCACUCGCGGGAUCGGACGCUCGGGGCCCUGGCGGCCUGGGUGCUCGCGGUCCACCGUGCAGGGAUGCUCCCGGCCGCCCCCAGCUCCAGCGGCUCCACCUGGGAUGUGGCGAGGAGGGCGGCCGAGCUGUCCGCAAACAACGGGCCUUUAGUUUUCAGGUGGCGAAACUGACUGGUCUGGUUAGAGCGCAUCCAAGCCAAGCCGCAGUACUGUUUGGAUUUUUAAAUUUCUCCUGAGUGAGAAAAUAGCAAUCGAGAUGGAGCCAUCCGCACAACAGCUCCAGCUGGCAGCAUCACCUCCCACCAAUUUAUCCAACUUCUGCCAAGGCUCUGAAAUGCCAACUAUGUCGAGGCCUGCACUUGAUGUCAAGGGUGGCACCUCACCUAUGAAGGAGGAUGCCAACCCAGAGAUGAGCUCUCUGGCCUACUCUAACCUGGCGGUGAAAGAUCGCAAAGCAGUGGCCAUCCUGCACUACCCCGGGGUAACCUCAAAUGGAACCAAGGCCAAUGGGGCUUCUGCUAGUUCCUCGGGAUCUCCAUCUCCAAUAAGCUCUCCUACUGCCGCCCCUCCCACUAAACCCCCACCCUUCAACCUGAACCCCGCCCCUCACCUGCUGGCCAGUAUGCAGCUGCAGAAACUUAAUAGCCAGUAUCAUGGGAUGGCCGCCGCCACUCCGGGCCAACCUGGAGAGGCAGGGCCCCUGCCAAACUGGGGCUUCGGGGCUCAGGCGGGAGGGGCGGGGUCACUCUCUCCUUCUGCUGGUGCCCAGAGCUCUGCCAUCAUCGAUUCAGACCCGGUGGAUGAGGAGGUGCUGAUGUCACUGGUGGUGGAACUGGGACUGGACCGAGCCAAUGAGCUUCCGGAGCUGUGGCUGGGACAGAAUGAGUUUGACUUCACUGCAGACUUUCCAUCUGGCUGCUGAUGCCAACUGUUCCUAAAGAUGGAGGAAUAAAGCCACCAAUUCUGUUGUAAAUAAAAAUAAAAGUUACUUACAAGA